UAACGUGUCGGUAAAUCACAACUGCGCAGUAAUUGAGCCGUUAACUAAUAUAUAUGUCUUUUCACGACUUUUAAAUUAUAUAUCUAUGAUUAUAUGCUGAUAUAAAAACUGAUAUUUUAAACCUCGCCAGCAACACAGAGACAGUAAAAUAAUAAUUUUAAGCGGCCGUGUGUUUCCCGGCGCGAGGUGCGGUUUGAACUACAACGCCCAUGAGUCCGGAUGAGGAAGAGACGAGUGUAACCUCAGAAAAGACGUGUUCGCCGAAACCAGGAGUUUUUGUGGAGCAGAAGGCACUCGGGGUAGAAAUACGUGUGGAUAUUUGCCAGAAUGCAUUUGUCGGGAAAUCGCAUUAAGAAGUGACACAGUUAUAGAAAAGCGUUCAAGUCGUUUUUUGUUUCCAAUCAUGGGUCCCUUGUUUGCCGUUCUUCUUGUUUUUGUUGGCUGCUGCAGCAAUGUGGUGUUCCUGGAGCUACUUGUAAGAGACUUUCCUGGAUGUGGCAACAUUGUCACUUUUGCUCAGUUUGCAUUCAUUGCACUGGAGGGAUUCAUCUUCGAGGCAAACUUUGGGAGGAAGAAACCAACAAUCCCUAUAAGCAACUAUGUGAUCAUGGUGACCAUGUUCUUCACAGUUAGUGUGAUUAACAACUAUGCCCUCAACUUCAAUAUUGCCAUGCCGCUGCACAUGAUCUUCAGAUCUGGAUCGCUAAUCGCUAACAUGAUCCUGGGUAUAAUCAUUCUGAAGAAAAGGUAUUCAGCAAGUAAAUACCUGUCAAUAGUAUUAGUUUCUGUUGGCAUCUUCAUAUGCACCAUCAUGUCUGCCAAAGAAGUGAACUUGUCAAAUGAAGGCUCAGAGGAGCAAGGUUUCUAUGCCUUCUUGCGCUGGCUUAUAGGUAUUGCCAUGCUGACCUUUGCUCUACUAAUGUCUGCAAGAAUGGGCAUUUUUCAGGAGACACUGUACAAGCAGUACGGUAAACACUCCAAGGAAGCGCUCUUCUACAAUCACUGUCUGCCUCUGCCUGGCUUCCUGCUUCUGUCCACAGACAUCUACAACCACUGUGUGUACUUCAACCAGAGCACUCCUGUAGCGGUGCCUGUGAUUGGCCUGACCAUGCCAGUAAUGUGGGUCUACCUGCUGAUGAACGUCAUCACACAGUAUGUGUGCAUCCGCGGUGUCUUCAUCCUGACCACAGAGUGUGCCUCGCUGACUGUCACUUUGGUGGUGACCCUGAGAAAGUUCCUCAGCCUCAUCAUCUCCAUCAUUUAUUUCCAAAACCCCUUUACAGCCUGGCACUGGGUAGGCACAGCUGUGGUCUUCCUGGGCACCCUGCUCUACACGGAGGUGUGGAGCAGCGUGCAGACGGCCCUGCGUGGGCCAGACGUUAAGGAGAAGAAGGCACAGUGACAUCAGCAAAGGACUGGUCUAAAAAGAGGACUAGAAGGAGCCUCUGUGUGGAGCGUCGGUCAUGAACCUCCAGGCUGCAGCUGCAAAGCCAAGAUUGUUUUUGUUUUUGUCUCUCUUACCCUGCAGCUGCAGCAGACCCAGUAUUAUUUUAGAUGGCUGUUUUCUAUGAGUAAUAUUUAACAUUUUGUUUUCAUACUUGAUUUGCAAUGUGGAUUGUAAGUAAAUGAUUCCCCCUCCCGAAGGCUGAGAGAACCACAUCACUAGAAAUACCUCACCAGCACUCCACAAAUGCAAAACCAGCAAACAGUGUACAAUGUCAGUUUUUGUUUUAUUGAGUAAAUAUUUAUUAGAUCAUUUUCUAAAUGUGAGAGUACUUUGUGAUACGUUGUCUAUUAACAUUCAUUUUAGCAGCCACGCACUGAACACCGUGAAUGAGCGUAGCGGGUUAUCAUAUUUACUGGAAAUCUUGAAGACAGGGUUUAAAUAUUUUCAAGUAGAUUUAUUUCAUUGGUGCAGGGUGUUGGGGCUUUCUCACGUGUCAUUGUCAAGUUUGUCUGUCUCAGGUGGUCUGGACCAAUAUUUAUCAACAGAAAACACGCUGUACUGUAGUAAAUGAUUCCACCCAUCCUUGCCAACUGAAAUAAAAAAAGUGACAAAAUGUA